GCUUGUGACUCUGUCCGCGGAGCAAGCCAGCUUGAACCUCAAUGCAUCCAAAGCACACACCAUGAGCCGGAUUUGAGGCUGAAAAAUAGAAGAUACUGGAGAUAGUGAGAGAGACUCGAUGAGAAGAGUGUUGGAGCGCGAGAGAGCUGCCUUAGACUGUCCAAAGGGGCAGCGUUUCUCCAUCUAGUUCCGGUUUGUCAGUCUGCGCUGUGUGCGACUGGGAACCUAAACAAAAGGCUGCCACAAUCCAAAAGAGGAUAUUCUACAACGAAGAAACCUCGUCUGUUGUUUAAUGCAAACUAAACAAUGAGCUCGUAUUUUGUUAACCCUCUUUUCUCCAAAUACAAAGGCUGUGAAUCACUGGAGCCAGCUUACUACGACUGCAGGUUCCCACAAAGCGUUGCCCGUAGCCACGCGCUGGUCUACGGACCCGGGGCAGCUGCAUCGGGCUUUCAACAGCCGUCCCAUCAUGUCCAGGAUUUUUUCCACCAUGGGACCACGGGGAUCUCCAACCCUGCAUACCAACAGAACCCCUGCGCACUGGCUUGCCAUGGAGACGCAACGAAAUUUUAUGGAUAUGAAGCUCUUCCGAGACAACCGCUUUAUAGUACCCAGCAAGAGCCAAGCCUCGCGCAAUACCCAGACUGUAAAUCGUCUAACGGCUCUAACCCCGGUGAAGGACAGGGCCAUUUAAAUCAGAACUCGUCUCCCACUCUUAUGUUUCCUUGGAUGAGACCCCACGCACCAGGGAGGCGAAAUGGAAGACAAACCUACAGUCGCUACCAAACUCUGGAACUGGAGAAGGAGUUUCUCUUCAAUCCUUAUCUUACACGCAAGCGGCGGAUCGAGGUGUCCCAUGCCCUGAGUCUCACCGAGAGGCAGGUCAAGAUAUGGUUUCAAAAUCGACGAAUGAAGUGGAAAAAAGAAAACAACAAAGACAAGUUUCCUGGCCAGAGAGGAGAGGCGGAUGCUGAUGCCGAGCCUGAGGAGGAGGGCAAUGAGGACGGUGACGGGGAACAGGGGGAAGAGAAAGAAGUGGAAGAGAAAAAUAAAGUUGAUCACAAGGAGUGAUUUUAUGGUCAUUUAUGGUUUAAUGGCAGAAAAAGAGAAACAAGGGGUCCCAUAUAGUAGACGGGGAGAGGAGAGAAGAAGGCAGAGAGCGUCAACUUUAUGGCCACGGUUUUAUUAGUCAACAAGGGAAAGGGACAAAAGAUCUUACAGAUAUUGCUGGCAUAAUCAUUUAUCUAUUUAUCCCUCCUCACGAUGCUUUAGGGAUACAAAUUAGUUAUUUUGUAGUUUUGGACGUUUCCUUACAAUAUACAUUUGCCAAUAUUACAUCUGGGAAAGAUAAUGGUAGUAC